UGGGGUUUCACAGUGUUCCCACCUGGACCCUCAGCCUGGCAGAAGCGCAGCCAUGGAGCAGCGUCAUCCUCCCAUUGAUUUUACGCAGUUGCCAGGGCCCUAUGAGGCAUGGAAGCUGGGGGUAAUUUGCGGGGACACAGGGUCUGGAAAGACUUCGGCGCUCCACACGGUCUCCACCUUCUAUGAGUUGCAUGGCCUCCCUUGGCAAACUGAGCCUCCCAUUGCCGCGGGUAACACGGCCAUAUGCAGCUAUCCAGAGCUGCACGGUGGAGACGUGAAGUCGAUUUCUCUGAAAUUCCAGGCAGUCGCAAUGCACUCUUUGCCCACUCGGGUGAAGCCUUUCCACGUGCUCUCACAAGGGGAGCGAGAGCGCUUCCUGCUGGCGACCUCAUUGAAGGAAGGACAACUGGGCAGCAUUGGCGAUGACCGCUUCGCCAUGGUCGAUGCAGAGACGGCCCAUUCCUUGUGCACCGGACUCCAUCGGUAUUUGUGCCAACAUGACUGCGGACGGAUCCUUCUGGCAACUUGCAAGAAAUCGGUCCUGCCCUUCUUGCAGCCGGAUUUCGUGAUUGAACUGCUACCUGACAAGGCGGUUGUGCACCGAAACGGUCAUGGGAUUUCCGCGCUGACGAGUCCGAUGAGGCCCAUGGUGUCCAUCAACACCGCGGUGGAGCGCUUUGCUGGUGGCCCGGGAGGCGGAUGGCGUGGUCCCGAGGAAUCCUUGGAUGACAUGCCUCUCCAGAGCAGAACUGGUCAAAGGAUCCCGGGUGCUUCGGUGCGAGAGGAAUUCCAAGUGUCCGUUGGCCUGGACGAAUGCACAGCAGCGGUGUCAAAAGCCUUCGACCAUCCCUUUGAUGGAAGCAUUAAGCAAAAGUGCUUCCGGCUCAAGCCUGAAGCUUUGAGCUUUUCCUGGAGCAUCGGUGCCAUCAUCGGUCCAUCGGGGUCUGGGAAGAGCACCAACCUGAAGAACUUCGGCCAAGGUUUGCCAUUCCAAUGGGACCCAGCGAAGUCCGUCUGGGAUCAACUUCCAUAUGGCGACAAGAAGAAGCUUCUGGAGGCGGUGACCCUGGGAGAGGCCGCAGCACGGCGCAGCUACGACCAGCUGAGCGCCGGAGAGCGCAGUCUGGCGCAGCUGGCGCGCAGCCUCUGCAGCAAUGGAAGUGUCAUCACCGUGGAUGAAUUUACAUCUUUGCUUGAUCGGCAUCGGGCAUAUCAGGUGUGCACCAAGAUACAUCCUUUCAUCAUGGAGAGGGGCAUUCAGCUGGUGGUUGCGGGAUGUCACAAAGACAUCGCGGAUUGGCUCCGAGUGAACUGGGUCUUCGAAGCUGACAGCGGCGAGCUGCUCCAGGUCCAGGACUUCACUGUGGGAAGUCCACCGCCACGCAUUGCAGUGUCCUUUGAAGUGCCCAAGAUCGAUUUGGUCAUGCGACGGCUGGAAACAAGCACGAGAAGCCGGAACAUUUUCGCCAGCCAUUUUGAGGCACACCAUUACAUGGAUGGCCUGCUACCUACUGGUCUCUAUGGUCAGCUGAUCCGGACGACCAGCGGAGAACUCGUGGCUUUUCACGCCGUCUCUGCACAGCCGGGCCAAAUCCACAACGCCAUGCGCGAAUCGCGCCUGGUGGUGCUCCCACCAUGGCAAGGUUAUGGCAUUGGCCCUCGGGCAAGCACUCUCGCUGCAGAGCUGAUCGUAGCAUCAGGCAUGCGCUUGUUCUGCAAGACCUCGCAAGAGGCGCUCGGUUCGCAUCGAAGCAAAGCACCGUACUUGUGGCGACCAACCACGACAAAUGGAAAGCCAAUGACUGCCAGCCUUUCGGAAGGCUUCACGAGGAAGCGCAAACGGGAAGCCAAGCGGCUGGAGGGCGGCUCGGCUGGGCACGAAGGUGAUGUGGUUGACAACAUCGACGUUGAACCUCCUGUCUUUGAUGCGGACUGCGUUGCCUGCGUCCGCGAGAGGGAUGGAGUGAGGCGGGCGGGCAGACCUCCGAAGCACACCUGCGGCCGAGCACCGAAAGCUCCCUUGGACAACGAUGUCGCGCAUCGUCGUCCAGUGGUGCGCCGCGUGUGCUACAGCCACGAGUAUAUUGGGCCGGGCCGCCACCAGCAGAAGGGUCCUGUCGAGGAUGUGAAUGAAGAAGAGUUGAAGGCGAGCACGAUGCUGAAGUUGAUGACGACUGAGCAGAUUCCGGAGAUGGCGGAGAUUGUCCUUGUGUGACUCGGGUGUGUCCUUACGGUUUGAUUUAUUUUUUUGGCAAGAGCUGAUGGCCGUUUGCCGAAUUAGAUGCAAUGCUAGCUGCUACCAGACGUUGCCCUGUCACCUGUCCUGGUUUUGGUCUCAUUUGGCGCACCGGCAACAGGGAAACGCGGCCGUGGCAGAGUUUCAGCACAUUUCGGGGUGCCGUUGCUGCAUGCAGCGGGGAAGUACAGAACUUUAUUAAGGCUGAGCCGUGCUGGGAGCCUCAUCUUGAGGCUGAGCUCAUUCGGCCAUGUUUCGUGGCAUCGUGCGUGCCACACCAUGCCACUUCCGGCGAUUUCAGUGACACGCUAA